CGUCGUCUGCUUUUGCUUUUGCUUUUGCUUGCUUAGCGAAAGGGCUACUUGCCUCCUCAAAGAAUCGCAACUAGCUUGUCUCCACCUGUUCAUGCUCUCUCUCUCUCUCUCGGAAAUGGCGGAUUCUUACCGGAGGUUAGACGACAGGAGGCCAACUCUUCCUUCUCUCUUCUCGAAACGCCCUCGCUCCGAUUUCGAUGUUUCCAGUGGUCGUGAUUUGCCUAGCUAUUUUGGUCGUGAUGAUGAAGGAGCAGCAAACCGUUUUAUUGGAGAUUCCGACUCCGUUGGAGCAUCCUAUGAUCGUUACACGCGCAGUGCGCAAAUUUCAUUGUAUGGUGGGGGAGGUUCUGCUAGACCUUUGAGUGGUGGACUAAGUGGUCACCCUAUUGAUGACCCACGAAUGAUUGGAAUUGGGGGAUCAAACCCAGUGGUGACCACAAAAGGCCAUUCUAUGGGAUUGGGAGGUGGCAGGCCACUUCCUCCUGAUGCUAGCAGUACUCUGUUUGUGGAAGGUUUGCCUGCCAACUGUACACGUAGGGAAGCUUCUCAUAUCUUUCGCCCUUUCGUAGGAUACAAAGAAGUGAGAUUGGUGACCAAGGAACCAAGACGUUCUGGGGAUGAUCCACUGGUACUUUGUUUUGUUGAUUUUGUGAGUCCAGCCCAUGCUGCCACCGCUAUGGAUGCUUUGCAAGGUUAUAAAUUCGAUGAGCAUGACCGUGACUCGGUCAGUUUACAGCUGCAGUUUGCUCGCUACCCUGGUGCAAGGUCAGGUGGCGGGCAUCGUGGCAAGCGUUGAAUUAUGCGGUUGUACAGGACCCACUUGAGUCUGCGAGUUUUGUGAUAGCGAGAGAUUAAUCAACGGCUUUGGAGUUUCAAGAAUUUGCAUUUCCCUGAGUUGGCGCAUUCGUUAGGACAAGCUUGUACCGAGUGGGAUUUUAAUUAUUGAGGGUCGAUUGCUCAAGUUAUAAGGCAUCUUAUCUUUUUUAUUUUUUUUUUAAUUUCUGUUGAAUACAGUUUCAGUAGAUUCUGGUAGUUUUUAUAUUUUAUAUUUAGAGUCGCAACAAAAGAUUGCUUAUGUCUUUUUUAUGUACUUUGAUCAGGAUUUCAUAUUUGGAUUUAUAUAUAUAUAAUUAGUAAUGAACAAUGGUGGCUGUGAGAUAGGCACUGUAGCAUUUUACUUCUUAUUUGUCUUGCUUGUUUCCAAAGAUUUAUUUUUAUUUAUUUAUUUAUAGUUCUACACAAAAAACUGUCCCUUUUUGACCUUUAUUUAAUUUUGAUUUUCUAUGCAACAAAAAUAUUUGGUUAGUGGUCAAGGUUCCCACCUUCAAAUGUUUUGUUUUUGCUGUGCAAAAUUCAAACAUUUUGGUUUUUUUAAGUAUUUUUCCCUUUUGUUUUCAUCUCCAAUCUAUCAAAAUGAAGGCGUAAAAAGUUGUUGCAAGAUUUACUUUGCAUUGGAUAUAGUCACCGUUCUCUUGGCAAACAGCAGUAAUGGGUUUCAUGAGAAUUAAACAGCGAACAAUUCUGAUGCAUUCGAUUACCUUAAUUGCUGUUGGAACUGAGGACUUUUUAUUAGGUGGAUGGAUGAACAACAUGGUGGGCGUAGCAUGAGUCAUCGUUCUGGAAUUCUGUGUCUCGAGAAUAGUUACUUUUUUUCUUUUCUUUUUUUAAAUGAAGUGCCCCAUGAGUUCUUUUUGGGGAGUGAAAAUCAUGACUAUGCAGAUGCACCUCAAGGGGUUUAGCUCAGUUGAAGCAGCGUUACGAUGGUAAGAGGUCCUAAUCUCAAGUAGUGUUGUGUUUAAUGCUCUUAAAUUAUGGAAGGAAACUAAUAACUGUGAUUGGCUUUGUUAAAGAUGUGGGAAAGCUUUGCCUAUGACCUGAACCACUUGGGCUGUAACAUUCAAUGUUCUUAUUUUAACCUCGAAAGGGUUAAAAUGUGUACUUGUCCCAUUAUAGUUUUAAUCGAUCGUUUAAACCUGUCAUAUUAGCGCUAGAGGAUUUGGAUGUGCUAACUAGUGGAUCUUUGCUGUUGAUGAAUGAAGAAAAGCAGCUUGAUUUGUGAAUUUGAUUUAUCCAGUUGUUGCUUCUUUACGGAGGUAUGCAUGUUCGUAGAAGUCUACAUUGAUCUGAAGAAUGAUUGCAAUCAACUAUUGAAAAGUUUCGCGAUGAGGGCAUUAUUCUGAAAAAGACCAUUGUGAGGACUUAAUUUUUGGUGUCCCCAUGUUUUGACUGCAACAUGGUCUUGUUUCCGUAUGCUAAAAUUAUCCGCGUUACAAUCCGCUCUGCCUGACCCAUCUUGAAAAUGCCAUUGCAGUAGGUCAAGGGUUGGAUGGAUGUAAACUCAUAAGCUAUUGAGGGUAGGGAUGAUUGUCCAAUUCCUAUUGUGAAAGAAAAAGGCCAUCCUGUCACAGCAAGCAGGUUGCUUCCUCUGUCGUUGGAACUAUGAGGACUUGCUGUAACCUGGGAGAUAUUAGGGUGACACAACAAUAGUGGUUCAGCCUGGUGAACAAGAAAAAAAAGAAAGAAAUAAAUAAAAACGGUCACUGGACAGCGUUGUGUUUUCGUUGCCUUUCCAUAUUUGUCAAUCAAAACUUUUUAGGGGUUGCUGUCGAUACCGCUUUGUGUUUUCUGUUAGAAAGAGGAAGACAGUAAAUUUGCUUGGAAAAUAAUAUAUAUAUAUGUGUGUGUGUGUUGUAUAUGUGUUGGUCAUUUUUUUUCCAAAUAGUUUUGCGAUAUUUCUCAAGGAAUGUAAAAUAAUGAAUUUGGGGUCA